UGUUUUUAUUUUUAAAGGAUGAUGAGAUUCAAGCACAUUCCCAAACUAUCAACCAACUAAAGGAACAACUAGCUGAACAAGAAGAGGCUUUGAAAGCAGCCCGCCAGGAUAAUGAAAAGGUCCAAUCCCAAGUAACAUCAAUUCAGAAGGAGAGCGAGACAUCCAAGACAGAGGUUAAGGAAGUUUUGCAGGCACUUGAGGAACUAGCUGUCAACUAUGAUCAAAAGCUACAAGAAGUUGAAGAAAAGAAUAAAGAGAAUGAAAGAUURAAUGAAGAAGUUACCUUGAAACAUACCMAGCUAACUAAAGCCUCCAAAGAACUAGAAGAGACUCGUGAAUCAUCAGCCAUCCUGAGGAAACGCUUGGCCGAGAUGAUGAACAAUCUCAUGACAGAUCUAGGAGAAGUUGGUACUGCUGCUGGAGGUAAUGCUUCAGAACUCAAGAAACCAAACAUCAGCUGCAGUGGGAAACUUGAUGAUGACUUUACUGUAGCAAGAAUCUAUGUGAGCAAGAUMAAAUCUGAAGUCAAGUCUCUUGCAAGU